CUGAAGAUGGCGGUAAUAAAACAUUUACGGGUAGCGUUCGCGCACGCCGGUUUUACUCCUUCUUUAAUAGUCAGAAGGUUGGCGACCAUUGUUCCCAAUGUUUCUCAAGUAGAUAAUUCUUCAAAUUUCCUAAACAACGUUCCUCACCGAAAACACCCAGGCAUCCUCCAUCUCAAAUGUGUGAAGCUUCCGCCUGAGUUAGUGCAAGCAGUUUCCUUUUGGGUAGCCCAAUCACCUAUACGCGAUCUGGAGAAGAAAUCCAAGUCUUUUAGCAACUACCUCUGGAGCCGCAAACGCCCGGUAGAGUUGAAAGAUCUGCGUAAAAAAUCACAACUCCUGGAACAGAAGCUGAGGAAGGAUGCAGAAGUCCUGAUCCAGGAGAAAGGUGGAUCUCUAGAUGAAAGCGAUGAGAAGCUAAAGCAAAAAGUUUUGACUGCUAUUCGUAAAUCAACCUACCACUGGGAAGAGUUAAAAUAUACCGAAGAGCUCAGCUUUAUAUACAUGGUCAGCCGGAUGGAUGCAAACUAUGCAGCAGUGAGCCGAGCUUUCCAUGAAAUCCAGAAGCGAGUACCAGAUUUCCAGCCCAAAACUUUGCUGGAUUUCGGCUCGGGUAGCGGUGCUGUCAGCUGGGCAGCCCAUAGCAUCUGGGGCGAAAGCUUGAAAGAAUACAUGAAUAUUGAUUGCUCUCUUCCCAUGCUGGCCCUGGCAGAGAAGCUGAUGCAAGGCAUCUCUGAAUCCCAAGAGCUCUGCUUUCCUGGUGUAUACUUCAGGCAGUUUACCCCCGUUGGACCAAAGAUGACAUUUGACCUCACAGUAUCCGCUUUCUCUCUCAAUGACCUGCCAACCUAUGGUCAGAGGAUGGCAACAGUGAAAAACCUAUGGAAAAAAACCAACAACUUUCUGGUUCUGGUUGAAAAUGGAACCAAGGAAGGCCAUCAGAUGCUCAUGGAGGCCCGAGAUGUCAUUUUGAAGGAGGCAGAUAAAGUAAAAGAAGAAGCUCAUGUUUUUGCUCCGUGUCCACACCACUUGCCCUGUCCUCGCUUGUUACUGGAUAAUCCUUUGCCGUGCAACUUCCUCCAGCAGUAUCAACCCCUGCCUUUGUCUUGGAAUCCUUCAUACAAAAUCGAGAAAUUUUCUUUCUUGAUCCUGGGCCGGGGAUCGGGCAAGUCGAUGGAGCCCUGGCCUCGCGUCACCCAACCUGUCCUUUGCCGCAAACGCCAUGUCCAUGUGCAUCUAUGUUGUGCUGAUGGCACCCUUGAACAUGCUGUUGUGACAUCAAAGAAACAUAGCAGGGAUCUCUAUCGAUGUGUCUGGAACAGUAAUUGUGGAGAUCGGCUUCCUAUCCUGACUACAGAUAUAAAAUCCAUUUCGGAGGACAAGUCAACUCUCAAAGACCAGAUAAACGAUUCUCAAAAAGUGAAUACUGCUCCUUGCCAGGAUCAGAAUUGAUGAGGUCCCUUCCGGAAUACUUUUAUGCUUCCUUUUGGUGUGUUCAGACUGGAUGUCUAUCUCAGUUUGCUGGUUUCCAGAAUCUGAAUUUCUUAUGCUGUUCUUGGAGCUGUAGACCCAGAGUUGUUUCUGCUCGGUAGUGCGUGUAUAAUCAACAACAUCAAAGUGUGGUAUACCUCAGUCUGUGUUCUAUGGAUCAUGGCGAUUUUCUUGCAACAACUUUGGCCAGUAUCAGAUGUGGUGGAUUUAAUUCAGCUGUUUUUGUCUUGGAUAUUAAUAGCAAGCCACGUCAGGUAUCCAGAGAUUUAAUUAGCUGUGAUUAUGUUGGUGGGCAGUUUGAACAUUCUCACAAGACACAGAGACAAGCCCUUUGGUCGACUUCUUCAGUCUUGUGCUCUACAAAGAAUUUGGAUUACAGAUUCCAAUUUGGCUGUGAGAGCUCAUUGGGCAUGACAAAGGCUUCAAGAACAUGAGGGUGCCAGAAUCUACACUGCAUUUAUCUCUUUCUGAAUUAUUCCAUUUGGGUUGGAAAUGGACUAUUUAAAUAUUCUCAUCCUUUUAAAACAUCAUCUAUAAGAAGAUUAACUGAAGGUGAUAAAAAAUUAGCUUAUUAACAUUUUCACAGACAGUAGGAGUGUGUUACACAAGAAAUGCAGUAACACUCCCUUCCAGAGGAGUAGUAGAAGCCAAAUCUAUAUGGGUCAGCAUAAUAUUUUUCUGUUCUGAGUGACACUUGGGUGCCCUGAAACUCACAAAUACGUCUCCUACCUAAUUUUGGAUUGGUUGAUGAGCAGUUUCAAAAGCUUGGCUUGGUUGUGGUUGUUUUCUUCCUUGUUCUGCCUUCCUAUUGUGUUAUGUGUUUGGCUAAAGAAGAGAACAAAUAUUUUCCAACUUUUUUUUUUUUUUAAGAAAAGGUGUUCAAAUAAAAUGGCUUGGAGAUCCUGA